CCAAACGUAUGUCGUUCAUUCAACGCGUCGAAAGUGAGCUGGAACUGCUCGAGUUUCUUCCACUAACACGGAUAUCACCUUUUAAUAGCUGCGCUUUCGUGAAUUAUUAGGAAAGGACUGUAUUUAUUUUGUACUGAUUACAUUUCUGAAGUGAUCAGGAAGUGCGCGAGCGAGUUGAUUUGGCGCGUUUGAAGUUUUCUCUCCCUCGAGCAGACUUCCGUUCUUUCUGGGUGUGUUCCAAAUCUAACCAUGUCGGUGGCAUUCUCAGGGACGGAGGGCCGGGACCAGCACUCCCGCGUACACAGCCGACCCAACCCAGGUUUUCUGGAGCGUCUGGGGGAAACGAUGGGGGGGAUGAUGGUGGGAGUGGUGCUGUUCUUUGUGUCCUUCUACGUACUCUUCACUAAUGAGGGCAGGGCCAUCCGUACAGCAGCGUCUCUGGACGAGGGUCUCUCUCAGGUCCUCACUCUGCAUCCUGACAUGUACGUGGACCCCCAAAACAACAAUCGGCUCAUUCACCUGUCGGCCCCACUGCGCACCUCUCAGCCUCUGUAUGACCCGAACUAUAAGGUGGCGGUUCAGGCGGUGAAGCUGAAGAGGAACGUGGAGAUGUAUCAGUGGGUGGAGUAUCAGGACUCACGGGAGUAUAAAGAAGGUGGUGAAACCAAAACAGAGACCACCUACACAUACAAUACUGAGUGGAAAUCUGAGGUCAUCAACAGCAGAAAUUUUGAUAAAGAAAUCGGCCACAUAAAUCCCAGUGCGAUGGCGGUGGAGAGUGUGACCGUAGUAGCCCCCGAUGUUUGGGUCGGGUACUUCUUCCUCUCCAAAGGGCUGAUUGAUCAGAUUAAUAAUUUCCAAACACUGCAUCUGGGAGGGCUUCCUGCCACUGACCCUUUCCUCACCGUACACGAAGAUUACUUCUACCACACGGCGAACCCCCGGAGGCCAGAGGUUGGAGAUGUGCGUGUGAGUUUCUCUUAUGCUGGGCUCAGUGGUGAAGGGUCUUUCCCUGGACCACCCCAAACAGUGAGUGUGGUGGCCAUGCAGAAGGAAGAGAGACUGAUGCCCUUUAAGACUCAAUCAGGAGACACUCUGGAGAUCCUCUACCUGGAGGAGCUCACCGCUGAGGAGGUCUUUGCUAAGGAGCAUCAGCUGAACGAUAUGAAGACGUGGGCUCUGAGGGCCGGCGGAUGGUUCCUCAUGUUCCUCAGCAUCAGUCUGACGACUCGCAUCAUCUACACACUCGUGGACUGGGUUCCUGUGCUGAGGGAUCUGGUGUCUGUGGGUUUGAAGCUGUUCGCUCUGUGUGUGUCCUGCUGUCUCUCUCUGCUCAUCAUCGCUGCAGGCUGGCUGUUCUACCGCCCCCUGCUGGCUGGGCUGAUAGCAGCGCUCGCCCUUGUCCCUAUCCUCAUCGCACGCUCUCGAGCACCAGACAAAAAACACCAGUGACUCCUAAAGAGCAGGAGGGUCUUUCCAUAAAGACUUGGCUGUAGAACUAAAGCUUAAAGGAAAGACUGUCCAACAGGAAAGUCCUUUAGGUCUCCUCUGAUUGGGCAGGCUUGACUUUCAGUUUCAGUUUCAGUUGUCUGGCUAACCAACAUACUUUGCUUUGUGGAACGGCCUCCAGGUACGGUGAGCACUGCAGCACUGUGGUUUCAGCACUGUGGUUUCAGCACUGCGCUGGAACACAUAGGUCACUUACAGAAGCAUAUCACUCCUGUCAGAACAAAACCUCGCAUCUCCUUUUUUGUCGUUUUUCAGUUUUUGACAUAAUUUGAAAAUGCUUGUUGCUGUUUACAUUGUGUGUAAAUGUCAUGAUGAAUGGGCCAAAAGAAACGGCCCAAAAUGACUUGGAAAAAAGUCUGGCUCCAUUGACUUACAUUAAAAGAAAAGAAUUUUUUUCCCUUCUCCUGUAAAGUCAUUUCGGGAGAUACAAGGUUUUGUUCCGACAGCAGCAAUUUAUCUGCAUAUACAUAGAAAUGUUCUCAAACAGUAUUGGAUCAUUAGAAAUGGACUAAAAUUAUGUGGAAUCAUUUUAUUUUUACAUCUAUCAAAGUUUACAAAGACAUUUUGCCAUUGACUGUCUAUACAUAUACGUUGAACAUACUGUGCAAAAGUCUUGUGCAGCCAAGAAGACUGUUUUAAACCAUU